CCUGUUCAUCCUAUCGCCACUUACCGCUCUCUUCUUCGUCACGCGCCACGCCACGAUGGCCGAGCCAGCCAGAGUCUACGCCCUUUCAGGCGCAGGCGCACCUGGUGACCAGGCAUCGGCCAAUUCUUCUUCCCUGCCUGACUUGCUACGAAGGCAUGGCCGCUCGAAUAAACGCAUGAAGCGUCGCCCUUCGUCCAAGUCAUCGGGUGCAAUCAACGCCCAGCUUGAUCGAAUCGAGUUGAUCCAAGACUACGAGUUCCCAGAGGCGAGCAACAAGAUCAAGAGCACCCGAGAUGGGUCUCACUUGGUGGCGACGGGCACGUAUAAGCCGCAUAUACGCGUGUGGGAGCUCGAUCAGCUCAGCCUGAAGUUUGAGAGGCACACGAUAUCAGAGAAUAUCGACUUCACUCUCCUCUCAGACGACUGGACCAAGCAGCUCCACCUGCAAACCGACCGCACACUCGAGCUGCAUUCGCAAGGCGGCUUCCACCACCGCGUCAGGAUACCCAAGUUCGGUCGAGCGCUGGGCUACCACUUCCCUUCAGCAGAAGCCGUCGUCGGCGCAGCAGGCAGCGAGGUGUAUCGCCUCAACCUCGAGCAAGGCCGUUUCAUGGCUCCAUACCAGCUCGGAGACGGCUUGACGCAGGGAAAAGUGACGGGAUGCAAUGCUAUUGACGUCAAUCCGGCGCAUGGACUUAUGUCCUUUGGGCCCGAGGGUGCGGGGGUGGUCGAGUUGUGGGAUCAGAGAGCGAGACGGAGAGCUGGCGCGCUCAAUAUUGCGACACCACUCAUCAUGGACGCGGCGUUAUCGACGGCCCGCAGAGGGCUGACGGGAUUGGUCCUGCCUGGUGAAGACGCCAACGAGAUGGCCUUGACGGGGGCAAUGAACAGCUUGAGCGUAUCGGCAUUGAGCUCAGCGGCGGACGGGCUCAAUCUCGCCGUCGGCACAUCGACGGGCCACGUCCUGCUCUACGACUUGCGCAUGGAUCAGCCCUACUCGACAAAAGAUCAGGGAUUCAGUCUGCCAAUCAAGAGCCUCUCGUGGCCAGGCGAUACGCCUUCGCAACACGCCUCAUCUGAAGCAGAGGAUACUGUUCUGUCAGCGGACGCGCGUGGCAUCAAGAUUUGGCCCAAGAACGAUCCUACCUCAAAUCUCGUAUCCAUCUCGCCCGAGUCCGGCUCAGACCUCAAUGAUGUCCACCACUUGCCGGGGUCUGGCUUGAUAUUCGCCGCCGUGGAAGCGACGCAACUCGCAGCGUGGUAUGUACCCACCCUUGGGCCUGCGCCGCGCUGGUGCUCCUUCCUGGACCGCAUUACAGACGAGAUCGACGAGGAGCAGACUUCCGGCGGGAAGCGAGGCGUGUACGAAGACUUCAAGUUCGUCGACAAGGAAGAGCUCGAGCGUCUCGAUAUGGCCCAUCUCAUCGGCAGCGAUGCGUUGCGUCCCUACCUCCACGGCUAUUUCGUUGCGCUGCCCAUUUACGAGCGUGCAAGGUUGCUGGCGAACCCAACGGCCUACUCCGAUGCGCGCGAGAAAGCCAUCAAGGCCAAGCUGGAGAAGAAGGCAGAGUCGCGUAUCAGGAGCAGUGGCGCUAAACGUGCGCUGGAGGGACUCAAUGUGCAGGUCAACAAGGGGCUCGCCGAUCGUGCUGCCAAAGAGCAGGCCAGGGAAGAGGCCAAAGAGGCGGCGCAAUUGCAGCGAGAACAGGGCGAGGCGGUGGUCGAUGGGCAGGCCAGCGACAAGCCCAAGAAGGCAAGCAAAGCCUCCUUGCUGUCAGACGACCGUUUCAAGGAACUCUUCACCAACCCUGCUUUCGAAGUCGACGAGCGCAGUCGCGAGUUCCAGCUUCUCAACCCCAGCACAGCCGUCACUGGCAGCGGCUCUGGUUCGGCGGCUGCUCGCAAGCGUACGGCCGUGGAGGAGGAGGAAGACGAGAGCGACCGCGAGUCCCUCGAUCCGGACCAGGAGGAAGCACGAGAUCGGGAGGACGAAGAGAGCAGCGACGACGAGGGCGACUUGCAGCAGUUUGACCCUCGUAACCAUGCGCCGGGCGUUCGUAGGUUCGAGCUGGAGAGGGAUGCGAGAAGGGAGCAGAAGAAAGGAAGAGGGGCUCGACUCGUCGACGACGACGAUGACGAUGAUGCUAGUGCGGGCGAUAACGAUGAAGAUGGACGCGGCCGCAGGGACAAGCGCAAGCAAACCUUUGAGGGAAGGUUGCGCACUGCGAAGAAGGGCCGUAAGACUCGCUACGCCGGCGACGAGGACGACGAUGAAGACGGCUUUUCGGGCGGCCAGUCGAUGUCCUUUAUUCCAUCCGGCGACAAGGAUGCGAGCCAGGAUGCGUCUUCAGCGCCCAAGAAGGCCAAGAAGCGCGAAACGUUUGGCGCUGGUCUUUCAAAGGGCUCAGACGCGCACGACAUCGAGUCGAUGGCAGAGGCGGAUCGCUUUGGCAGGAAGAAGAGGAGGGACGUCUCGAGAAGUGCGAGCAGAAAUCAGAUGCGACAGCGACAGUAGGCGGCAGCGUUACGGUGUACAUUCCUUCCAUCACCAUCUUCGAGCAUAUUUUCUUUUCUGCAAUUGUACCAUUAUCCAGAAGAAAGAAGGAGCCCUCUCAUCGGCGUCAAGCUCCCCCCACAACCCCGCAAAAAGCCGCCAGGCCUUUGUGAUGCCGGCGCGUCUUUCUGCUCUCACAGCCCAAUUUCGCCCUCUCUCUCCAGCCAUUCUGGCUCGCUCGCGGCGCGGCUUCAUGCCGUUGACGAGGGCCGGCGGUCCGGCAA